AUGUUUAACGAGAUAGAUGGUGAUUUUGAGGACGUAGCCAUCAGUACUUUCAAGCUCGACUUGCCUGUAGAGCAUGACCUAAGGAAGUCUUUGACGGAGAAACCUGUUACUAGUAUACGUCAACUCAUGGAUUGGAUUGACAAGUAUAAGAGAGUUGAGGAAGACCAACAACAAGAUAACGGGAAGGGCAAAGGCAAGGUUAUCCUUCAGGAGAGAAGGGAUUUCAGGUCGGGCCACUACAAUAAUAACAGACCUAGGAGAGAUUUUUCUGGACAAUCUGGACCUGCAGCCCCUCAAGUGGUAAACACUGUGUUUCGAGAACCAGUGCAUCAAGUUUUAGAGAAGAUCAAGAAUGAGCCAUAUUUCAAAUGGCUGAAUAAGAUGAGUGGAGAUCCUUUGAGGCGCAACCAAAGCCUCCAUUGCCAGUACCACCAGGACCGGAAACAUACCAUCGAGAAUUGCCGAAUAUUGUAG